AUGCCGAACAAAGUAGCCAAAAUAGAAAUGGUAAUCUCCUUCUCAGACAUCGACCUAGAAGGAGUGAACCUACCACAUGAAGAUGCCCUCAUGGUGCAGGUGGAGAUAGCCAAUCGAGUUAUGCAUAGGAUGCUGGUUGACACCGGAGUGUCCGUAGAUGUAAUCUCACUGGAGGCCUACAGGCAAUUCGGGUUCAGUGAUGAUAAGCUCAAACCAGAAGCAACCUACCUCCAUGGGUUCUUAGAAGCCUCCUCUUCCAUUAGAAGAACAAUCGAAUUGCCAGUCACCUUCGGAGACCACCCUCGGCAAGUCACGAUCAUGAUUACCUUCAUAGUAGUAAGAGAACCUUAUAGCGAUCAGAGGGAUGAGCUCAAAGAAUGGAGAGGAAAGCCAGUGGAAGACCACAUCCCAUUCCCUCUUAGCGAGGACGAACCCACCAAGAUAGUGCAGGUCAGAUCGUUGCUGGACAAAGAACAGAAAGGUAAGUUGGGGCGACUCUUGAAAGAGAACUCAGAUGUCUUCGCAUGGUCGGCCUCCGACAUGCCAAGCAUACCUUGGGACAUUGCCGAACAUAGGCUCCAUGUGGAUCCAACUAAGAAGCCAAUCCAACAGAAGCAAAGGAAUUUUGCCCUUGAUAGACAAGCUGCAAUCAAAGAAGAGGUCAAGAAGUUGAGUUGUUCGGGGUUCAUCAGGAGCGAGAAAUUCCCUACUUGGCUGGCAAACGUUGUGAUGGUUCCCAAACCAAACGGCAAGUGGUGA